AUGCCGCAUCGAAUCCCCCCUGCAGCCGUGAGGAUCUUUACGCACCGAAAACCCCUGCUUCAAGAAGCGAACCGGCGGCCAGGCGAAGACAGCGAGCCGUGGUUUCCCCCUGAGCCGUCGCCAACGCUGUUUAGCCCGCCGGCCGCUGCCGUGGAGACUCGAGGAAGCAGGACAUACGACGGUUGCUGCCGUUACGAGUAUCGCGAACAUCUGCGGGCGGCGCGUGGCGACUGGGAUCCUUCCCCGGGCACUGUCUCCGGGCGCUACCAGCCAGGCAGCGAGUGCUUGUCGUCUGCUUUCCACUGUCCCGCUUCGGGUCCCUCUCCUGCCUCGCGUGUCUUCCGGCCUCAUCACCCUGACGCGCCGAUGGAGCAGGGAAGCGCGUACACCCCGUAUCUUCUCCUCCGCGCAGAGGCGUACGAAGGCGCCGCGCCUCCUGAGAGCGCGUACGAAGGCGCCGCUGCGAAGACAUACACGCAGGGGCACCGCCCGUCUCGCCAUCCACGCCGCGACGCGGUUGCAGCGGCGCUUCCUGUACACCGCCACGAUGGGGCAUGCGCCGCGCACCUCCCGACGCGAUACGCUUCUUCUCAGGGGUCCUACCUGCCUGCCUGCUCGCGGGGGGGGCGGGCGUGCGAGGCAGGCGAACGCGACGGGUUCAGCCACAUCCCGCUUGGCGGCGUAGAGGAGGGCCGCAGUUCGCGGCGCGGAUCCCAGUGCGCGCCGGGAAGGAGGGCUGAGCAGGGCCCUGAGGCGCGGUCGUUUGCCGACAACGGGGCGAGAGCGCGCCCCGAUAGGACGCUUUCCUCCUCUUCAACGGAGUCCGCGACCUCAUAUCGCAGGGGAGACAGGGAGCCCGGGCCGCGGAGACAGGCGCGGGGGGACUGGAACGCGGGACAGCCCCGCGAAAGUCGAGGGCGAGAAGGAAGGGUCCGUUCCCAGGUCCACAACGAGAAUGAAGCCCCGAACAGGAGUCCAGCGAGGCAGAAGAAAGGUGAAGUGUCAGGCCGCGCAUCCGAGUCGCAUCGAAAGGACUCAAGCUGCGGCAUGCCGCGGGGGGGGGCUUCAAAGGGAGAUGCGGACAGACAGCCUGAAGCGUCGUCGCGCAACCCCUCCGCGCACUCGGCACUUCACUCAGGGGCGGCGCGAGAGCCACGCUCGCACUACGACCCCCAGGCCGCCGCUAAGAGCAGGCGCCCGGGGGGCGGACAGCUGCGUCAAGCCCCUCAGCGCCCAGGCGCCGACUCGGAGUCUCGCCGCCGGCCCGCUCGACAAGCUGAGGAGAGCGACCGCCGCGCGGCGUUGGGCCGUCAGCGAGAGACGCAGAGAGACACCCAGCUGCGCGGCGCCUCGGCGCAGGCGCCGGCGCGAGGCUGCCGGGGAUCUUCCAAGGCCGCGAACGGGCGCGGUGCGGAAGAGCUCGCUCAGGUGAGUGCAGGAGACGACGCGACCGUGGCGCGGGGUUCCUGGGGCGUGGCUCGGCCGGUUGUCCCCGGCGCACAGCAGGUCCUGUGGCAGCAGACGCGCCGGCGCCUGAUGACCCGCCGCCUCACAGUUGAGGAGGAGCGGGCGGUAGCGUGCUUCUCAGGGAGCUGUGACGAUCCUCAGGCUCUCGCCUCGCUGUCUGCCGACGGCCGCUCGGAGUUCGCCGAGUGCAUAGAGGCCAGGAGACACUCGGGCUGCCCUCCCGGGCCCGUCAAGAUCCACCAGAGACAGACUGUGGCUGUUUCUCAUGUCUCCCCAGUCUUGAGUCCGCGGGCCUCUUCGUCUCUGCUGUUUGGGGAAGACGCCAAGGCACCGGCGGGUGCGUUUCGAGGCGAGAAGGGGCGCGAUAACCCCGGCAAAAGCGAGGCGAGUGCGGCGGAGAUGCAGGUGGGGUACGACGGCGGCGACGAGUACUGGGAGACUGCGGAAACCUCCGACUCCUACCAGAAGGACGAUAAGGACAUUGUGCACUUUCUUCUGCAGGAAAAGGAACGAUGCAUGCGGCGCCUGGAGAGAGAACUCGACGCGCUCCACGUCGAACACCGGACGCUUCUCGCUCUGGCAGAUGGCCCCGCGCUGUCAACUGCGUGUCUGCCUUCUGCUGGAGGGCGCUGCGAAGAAGACGUGGCGCCCUCGAGGCAGGCCAGAACUCUCAGCGAACCGUCGCCGGAGCUCCUUCCCCCUCACCUGCUCCCACAUCGCGGCGUGUCCGCACACUGGGGAGACGCGGCGAGGGAAGACUCGUCUCAAUGCGUCCACACUCACGCCGGCAGGUCUUGUCGACAUUGCCACACCUCUGAGCCGGUGCCGCACGCGGACGCAGGCCAGCUCUUGGGCGGCGAGAGCUACUUCCCCGCCUUCCCUCUCUGCGAAGAUGCGAAAGGCGAAAGAGGCGAGGCCGGCGGGAUGUAUCCCUGUACGCAUGCGGACACCAGCAACGAACACGUGUGGGACGGGUUCUCGGGGCAUGCGGAGCUGAGGAAUGGUCGCAGGGCACACUCUGGAUGGAAAGGCCUUCGCGGAAAGGGGCGCGGAGACGACCUUUCCUCGCAUCCGCCCGUUGCUCUCCGCGCCGCACAGCCGGGAGGCUCCAGACAGACUGGUCGGGGCUCUUUCGCGAGCCGCGCAAGCGAGGCAGAAGUGCCGGAGGGGGGCUGCGACGGCGCACGCCGCCUGCUGGACGCCUCGCGACGGCGCGCUGGACCGACCCUGCUCCAGCAAAGGCAUUCGAGGGAGGGCGGGCGCGGAGGCGCUUUCUACGCGGACAUCCGAUCCCGUGGGGACCUGCUGAGGCCCCCUCCUUCGUGCCCUGGAGGCGUCUAUCCCGCAUAUCUGCAGGAGGCGAGGCAGGCGCCUGUGCAGCAGCCUGGGGAAAGCGAGCUGGAGCGAAAGCGCAUGUUUUCCCUCCGCGAGGAGACCUUCCCCGAUGGCGGAUUCGACUGCGUACAGCCGCUGCCGCAGAGACAGCGGGGGCCGCUCUCCUGUGGUCCUGCGGAGCGCCUGCGCUCGCGCGUGCCCUCCCGUUCGGCUGCGGGGCGUGGCGCCGGCCGCGACCCGCCCGACGCCCGCAACGGGCCUGCAGGGGGGGCAAGGCGCGACCCGCGAGCGCCGCGUUGCCUCGCCCACCCCGGUCUGUACGUGCCCUCGCUCUCGCGGCUCUGCACGGCGCCUGCGGCCCUCGGCCCGCGGGGUCACGCGGCCCCGCAGCGCCCUGCGUGCAUGCGCUGCGGGGCUGACGUCCACGAACCGAGCGAAGGGCGGGGGGCAGACGAGAUCCACGCAGACUCGAGGCUGUGUGCCGCGGCAGCCUGCGGCGCGUGCCUCCGCCCGGCCGCGGCGGCCGCGGCGUGGAGCCGCGGGCCCCGCGAGCCCCUGCCCCCGCAGAUCCCGAGGGCCUGCGAGCGCGCGACGCGGCUGCAGGCCUUCCCGUCCUGGCUGGCGCGGGGCGACGGCGAACACGCGUACGUGGCGUAUUACCGGCGCUGUGACGCGGCGAUGAGGGAAGACGCGGGCGGCGAAGGCGCGCAUAGCGAGGCCGAGUGCGCAGCCGAUCGCUCGCCGUCUUUCGAUGCGGAGGGAGACUGGGGACACUCCCGUGCGCCGCGCGGGCCGCCUUCGCGGCGCGAGGGCCGGCGCCGGAGAGAGGAGAGGGCGAGCGACAGAGGACGAGCUCGUGGGGAAACAGUGGGACGAUCCGCGUCGCCAACUGCGUCGCGCGCUGCCUCGCUGUCGCCUGAGACCCAGGAGGACGCUGGGAGCGCCCACGCGACGGCUGAGAGAGACCGUCACCGGCCGGUUGCGCGCGUGGCCGCGGCGAUUCUGCGCAGAGUCAAGGCGCGCCAGAGGGGAGACGGCGAAGCGCCAGACCCACCGCGGCGCCUUCGGAAAACGAAAGGCGGCGCAGAGACCGAGGAUGAACAGGAGGACGGAGUCACCGACGCGGGCGCUUGGAGUGAGGACGAGGUUGCGGGACUCCGCGAUCUUUCUGGGCCGCUGCAGAGAAUGCGAGAGGACGGGGAUAGCGGCGUGUGGAGGAGAGACAGGAGACGAGGCGGCAGUCGCGCGCGCGGGGAGAGACUGGAGAACAGAGACGCUUCCCUGGGCUCGCGCGCCUCGACCGGCUUUUCUGAUGCGGGACUCGAGGAACCGCCUCAAGCUUUCGACAGCAUGCAGGAGGACGCAGCGGAGGAUCGCGUGCCGCUUUCCAAGAAGCGAACGCGCUGCGGGAAGCUGCGCAGCAGCCGCGGCGCGCAAGAGGAAGGGGAGGAUCUCGCCUCGUCUUCGCCGGUCCCCGAGGAGGGCCGCCGCCGGGGACGGAAGGAGCGGCGCGUUGGAGGCCGGGCUGCGGAAGGCGAGGCGCGCCUGGAGGAGAGCAAACGGCCUGACAUCGCGCCGACAGAUGAAGAGGAAGCGGAAGACGAGAGCCGCGGAAGGAAGCGGAGACGGCGGAAAGCCUCGGUGGCCAAGAAGUCGAUGAAGUCUUUUGGGGCGCCGGUGCGGCGCAGCCCGCGCCUGGAGGGGGCUCAGGCGCAGAGGGCACUCGGGCGAGAAGACGCGAGGGAGAGAAGAAGCCAGGCGAAGCCGAGCGAGCGGAGGACCGGGACGGGCGCCCAACAGCCGGCCGCAGCCGGCGCCGGAGGUGUGCAGAUGGAGACUGAGCCUGCUGCAGGCGAGGCGCACACGCAGGCAGUGUCAACCGACGAUUUCGCUUCUAACUGGGGCGAGGACCUUCCCUGCGAGGGUGACCCUCCUCUCUCUCCCGCGUCGUCCGACUCGCGUCUGGCGCGGCGCAGAUCGCCUCGCAGACCCAAGAGCACGGCAGCGCCUCAGCCGGGAGAAGAAGGGCCGCGCGAGGCUCACCCGCUUGACAACCUCCCCGCGUCUCUGUCCAGUCUGGGGCGAAGAGGUCAGACGCGGAGAGAGAAGGAGGACAACCUUCUAGUGUCUCGGUCGCCCCCGGGGCGACCGGCGGGCGCGGCGGACAUCCCAGCUGCUAGCGGCGGAAAUCCCUCCUCUCACCGUUUCCCCCUCAGCUCGCAGGACGGCGCGGGCAGCAGGUCACGCUCCUGCGUCGCGAGUCCUCCGGAGAAAGGCGCGAGCUCUGCGAGUUCGCCGGCGUCCACACCAUCCAGGAGGAAGGGCGAAGCUGCGCCAGCGUCUCAGCCGGGUGGUUCACAUGCAGGAGGCGGAGCUCCUUCGCGCUCGCCUCCUGCGUGUGAACCACCCGCAAAGGACCGCGCCGCCGCCCUCAAAGAAACUCUGGGGGCAGCGCCGAGCCAGUCGCGGCGGCGCAAGCGGGUGCUGCGGGCGGCUGCAACUCCAGGGAAAGAAGAGAAAGGUGGCAGGCGAGUCCCUUCCAUCUCCUCGUCGCGCGGGCCUGGGGCCCCGUUGUACAGUGCCGCGGCUCUGCAGAGGCUCCGCAGAGAGGAACUCGAAACGAUUCCGUCGCCGAUCGUCACGCGCAUCCGCCUCGGCUUGAGCGACCGGCUGUCGCUGUUGAGGCAGAAGGAAAAGGCCUCGGAGAAAGCGGCGGAGGAGUCUCGCGCGCCCCCUGCUCCCCAGGACAAAGCCCCGCCUGCGCAGAGCCAGUCGCCGACCCAGUGUGGAGGCGAGAAGCAAGCAAACACCUCCGGGGGGGAUGGGGGUCGGGCGCGAGAGAGGGACUCGGGCGACAGCGAACGGGCGGAGGAAGCUGCGCAACGCCGCGGAGAGCGAGAGGAGCCCGCCGAGAGGCUCGCCGCACGCGGGAAACCCUGCGAAGAGGAGGAAGAGGCACGCGUCCUCGACAAAACAGCCUUCGCGGACAUCUCGACGAGAGGCGCGCCUUUAGCACCUGAAGGCGCGAACAGCACGCAGCCUCUCUUCACUCCUCUGUCGUCGUUCGCCUCUUCUUCCUUCUCUUCUGAAGACAAGGUCGGUCGGGGCCUCGCAGAAGGCGAAGUGCGGCCUGGAGAUUUGGUGGGCGGUCGGCUGGUGCGCCGCGGCGCCGACGUGCGCAACCGCGUCUUCUCGUCGACUCUGCUUCGGCUUAUAAACGGAGACAUGCGGGCGACGACCGAGAAGGACGUCCACCUCUUCAUCACGAACUACUGCCUGGAGAAGGGCUUGCAGCAGGUUCGCUCCGUUGUUAACGGCAAGAAGGCGAAGAAGUGGCCUGUUGGGCGCGACCCGCUUCUCCGUGUCCUCUUUGGCGACGGCGCGAAGGCCUUCCCAGCGAGCAAACCCGAAAUGAUGGAGUGUCUCAGAAAAAACAAACACAUCACCUACUUCUCCAUCGCCUAA